AAAGUGCAUCCUGGACAAAACUUGUGAUGUUUUCUGGAAAUGCAAAGGGAAACAUUUCUUUGCGGUCUGAGAGCAGAGAAACUCUUCAAAUUAAUCAAAGCAAUCAUUUGUCAAUGACUUGUAUUGAAUACACCCAGAAUGGUAUGCUUGUUCAUCAAACUGCACUCUGCUCAGGGAAAGGUUCUGUAAGCAGAAGAGAGAAAGGCAAUAGUGAGGAGAAGAUCUCUGCGCAAAGGGAGGAAGUUGGGACAUCGGUUGAAGGGAGAGAUCGCCAGCUUCCUGUGAAGGCAGACACCAUUGAGAGGAAAGAAGAGAAGCUCCCUGGAAUACAAGCAGAGGAGCUCCUUUUGUAUGGAGAAAGCAUCAGAAACUUAGAAGAAAGAGAUGCCAAGGAGACCGAGAAGGAAGAAGAACAAGUAUCAUUAGUUGAAUGGGAGGAUGACUCCUGCAGGACUACCUAUCAGGAAACCCGCACGGAAGGAAAAGCGCAUGCAUGUUCAGACUGUGGCAGGUGUUUCGGUAUGCCUGCUCACCUUCUCAGUCAUCAGAGAAUCCACUCAGGGGAGAGGCCAUUCCAAUGCUCGGUGUGCGAAAAAAGCUUCUCUCAGAAAGGCCACCUUGCAGUUCCCGAAAGGAUCCAUGUGGAAGAGAAACCAUACAAAUGCAUGGAGUGCGGGAAGUCCUUCUGCAAGAAUGCUGACCUCAUCCGACACUACCGAAGCCACACGGGGGAGAAGCCGUAUGAAUGUUUCGAUUGCGGGAAAUCCUUCCGCAUGAAGGCUGAUUUUGUUCGGCAUUCCAGAACUCACAUGGGAGACAAGACCUACGAAUGUCCAAACUGUGGGAAGAGCUGCGGUACAAAAAGCCACUUGGUGGCGCAUCAGAGAAGGCACACGGGGGAAAAACCAUUUACGUGCGGAGUCUGUGGCAAAAGCUUCUCCCAGAAAGGAAACCUUGUUAUCCAUGGGAGAAUCCACACGGAUGAGAAGCCGUAUAAGUGCUUAGAGUGUGGGAAGUCCUUCUGUAAAAAUGCGGAUCUUGUUAGGCAUCAGCGGAACCACACAGGAGAGAAACCGUAUAAAUGUUUGGUGUGUGGGAGAGCCUUCAGUAUGAACGCUGACUUUAUAAGACAUUAUAAAACCCACACAGGAGAGACUCAGUAUAAAUGCUCUGAGUGUGGCAGAAGUUUCAGCAAGAAAUGCAACUUGGUAACCCACAUCAGAAGCCACACAGGUGAGAAACCAUACAGAUGUCUGAUGUGUGGGAAAAGUUUCUCUUUAAAAGGAAACCUUGUUGCUCAUGAGAAGACUCACACGCAAGAGAAGCCCUGUAAGUGUUUGGACUGCGGGAGAUCCUUCAGCGUGAACUCUAAACUCCUUGAACAUCAGCGACUGCACACACGAGAAAAGCCGUACCAGUGCUCAGAGUGCGGGAAAAGCUUUCGCUGGAUCGGAAACUUCAUAACCCAUAUUCAGUUCCACUCGGGAGAGAAGCCGUAUGAAUGUUCCCUCUGUGGGAAAUCCUUCAUUAUCCAACAUGACCUCCUCCGGCAUCACAGGACCCACGUGGGAGAGAAACCCUAUAGAUGCUCAGACUGUGGCAAAACUUUCAGCCAGAAGGGGAGCCUUCUUGUACAUGAAAGAAUUCACACAGGAGAGAAGCCCUAUAGAUGUGGGACUUGUGGGAAAUGUUUUCAUCUACGCUCUUGCCUCUUUAGGCACCAGCAAACCCACACCGAGAAAGGCCAUAUGAAUGUACAGCUGGUGGAAAGAGUUUUGGCGUGAGCUUUUGCCCCAUCCAGCAUCAACAAAUCCACAUCAGGGAGCAGAUGGAAAUACUCAUGAGAGAACAAUCGCACCAGUGCUCAGAAA